AUGAAUCUAGACGUAGGAACUAAUAAGGAAGCCGUGGUAAUUAACAGCGCCAUCAAAAUAAUUCAAAAGCGAGAUGUAAAGUAUCAAGAGGAAGAAUAUUUAAACCCAGAGAAUUUAUUAUAUAAGAGUCGAGCACCUGAUUCCACUCUUGUGCUGGGUAUUGAUAAAUGGAAUUUAAAAUAUAGUAAUUCAUUUUUUGCUAAAUAUUUAGAACUGCAAAAUUUCAUGACAGAUGACGAUGAUAUUCUAACUACUUAUUGUGGUUCACCUGGUUACGUCGAUUAUGUGGAGGAUCGAUUUGCCACAACCGAGGAAAGAAAUGGCUUGCGCGCCGACCGCAGAGCAAGUGCUAAACAUAAAUGGCUUACGGGUAAAACGGCAAUGGAGAUUGACUUAUUGAAUGAGAACUUUAAUGCUCGUAGAACAUUUGGAAGAGCGAUGGAAGUUGUACAAGCAGCGAACAGACUCGAGAAAAAUGCUACAAAGAAACCUAACAGUGAGGAUGAUGAGAAAGAACUACAAAAU